AUGCCCCCUCCACAGAUCACCACCCGGGCUUGGCUGGGCAGGGGGAUGGGCUGCGUGGUCUCUCCAGCCGAGGCCAGGCUCCGGGAGGAGCUCCAGAGACCCCCAGGCCUGGUCCCCGGGGCCCAGCAUCCUGCAUGGGACAGCAGCCUAGGGAGCAGGGCAGGGGACAGAGCCCUGGAGCUCCGCACACAGCUGCAGUGCAUGGUUUGGAGGAACCUGGAGGAUCAGAACACAACAGGGCUGGAGGAUCAGAACACAACAGGCCCGGAGGAUCAGAACACAACAGGGCUGGAGGAUCAGAACACAACAGGCCUGGAGGAUCAGAACACAACAGGGCUGGAGGAUCAGAAACACAACAGGGCUGGAGGAUCAGAAACACAACAGGCCCGGAGGAUCAGAAACACAACAGGGCUGGAGGAUCAGAAACACAACAGGCCCGGAGGAUCAGAACACAACAGGCCCGGAGGAUCAGAACACAACAGGCCUGGAGGAUCAGAAACACAACAGGCCUGGAGGAUCAUAACACAACAGGCCCGGAGGAUCAGAACACAACAGGGCUGGAGGAUCAGAAACACAACAGGCCUGGAGGAUCAGAACACAACAGGCCCGGAGGAUCAGAACACAACAGGCCUGGAGGAUCAGACCACAACAGGGCUGGAGGAUCAGAACACAACAGGGCUGGAGGAUCAGAACACAACAGGGCUGGAGGAUCAGAACACAACAGGGCUGGAGGAUCAGAACACAACAGGCCCGGAGAAUCAGAACACAACAGGCCCGGAGGAUCAGAACACAACAGGGCUGGAGGAUCAGAAACACAACAGCUAUCACAGCUAA